AGAAGACCCUGCGGUGUCGGCCGGCGCGCGUCCCGAUGGGUUCCGAGGUGGCGACGAGCAGGCGGAGGAUCCUCGACUACCUCAACGACGGCGAGGAGCUGGGGCUCGAGGGGCCGUCGACGCCGAGGGCGGUGGCGACGGCGAGGUCGCUGCUGCCCAGGUUCCGGUGGACGCGGAUGGCCAGGCUCGGCCGGAAGUGCGGCGGCGCUUGCGGCGUCAAGGGACGGCCGCCGCAGCAGCCGGGGAAGCAGGCGAUUGCGGCGGAGAUUCUGGUGAUCGAGCAGGGCGACGAGCUCAACGACUUGUCGGCUGACACAGGUGCGUGGCAGAGUUCCUUUGAUUAUUGUACGAAUCAAUUGUGGAUUACGGUGAUUUUGGUAGAUUCACACUUUCACUAG